CGCUAGCCUAUCAGAAGCAAGCGUCCCUGGGAGUUGCUUUUAGGGGGAAAGGGCAGGAAAUUCGUUCCAAUUCCCCUGAACUCAGGCAAGCACGAGCUGUCCCUAAACCUCCCUCUCCACCUUGAACAUUUGCACUCGUUCGACCUUCAUCGCGAUAUCGCAGUCGCUUGUUGUCUUGCAUUGCAUUGUCUUUGUUUUAAAGUCGUGUUUUACGCUUCAGAUCCUCUUCUAAUUCAACCUUUAUCUUCCCGUACCCAAAUCAACAACUUCAAGAUGGCUUCUGCAACUGCCGAGAACGCUUCACCGAUUGGUAUUGCCAAUCUGCCCAACCAGCGACACAAAAUUGUCGCGAAGCGCGGUGCCGGUUUCACUAUUAUGGUUGCUGGCGAGUCUGGUCUGGGCAAGACUACCUUCAUCAACACUCUUUUCUCCACCACCAUCAAGAACUAUGCCGACCACAAGCGCCGUCACCAGAAGCAGGUUGACAAGACUGUCGAGAUCGAGAUCACCAAGGCCGAGCUCGAGGAGAAGUUCUUCAAGGGUAUAGCUCUGAAUGAAGCACGUUGUUGCCCAACCCUCGCUAACACCCCCUUUCAGUCCGACUGACCGUCAUCGACACACCCGGAUUCGGCGAUUACGUUAACAACCGCGAUUCUUGGAUGCCCAUUAUCGAGUUCCUCGACGACCAGCACGAGUCUUACAUGCUUCAGGAGCAACAGCCCCGCCGCCAGGACAAGAUCGACCUCCGUGUCCAUGCCUGCCUUUACUUCAUCCGCCCUACCGGCCACACCCUCAAGCCUCUCGAUAUUGAGGUCAUGAAGCGUCUCUGCUCGCGUGUCAACCUUAUCCCCGUUAUUGCCAAGGCCGACACCCUCAGCCCCGCCGACUUGGCCAAGUUCAAGCAGCGCAUUGUCUCUGUCAUUGAAGCCCAGAACAUCAAGAUCUACCAGCCCCCGAUCGAGGAGGACGAUGAGGCUGCCGCUCAGCAUGCCCGCAGCCUUAUGAACGCCAUGCCUUUCGCUGUUAUCGGCUCCGAGAAGGACGUCAAGACCGGUGAUGGCCGCAUUGUCAAGGGCCGACAGUACUCUUGGGGUGUUGCCGAGGUUGAGAAUGAGGACCACUGCGAUUUCAAGAAGCUCCGCUCUAUCCUGAUCCGAACACACAUGCUCGACCUUAUUCACACCACCGAGGAGUUGCACUACGAGGCUUACCGCGCUCAACAGAUGGAGACCCGCAAGUUCGGCGAGGCUCGUCCCCGAAAGCUCGACAACCCCAAGUUCAAGGAAGAGGAGGAGGCUCUCCGAAAGCGUUUCACCGAGCAGGUCAAGAUCGAGGAGCAGCGUUUCCGUCAAUGGGAGCAGAAGCUCAUCUCCGAGCGCGACCGUCUCAACAAGGAUCUCGAGCAAACCCAUGCUCAGAUCAAGCAGCUCGAGCAAGAGCUGGAGCAGAUGCAGGGCAGUGCCGUCCGCAGCCACGGCCGCCGCUAAACGAUUUCGAGCAGGCCUUUAUGCACACUUGCAUGGCUGCAGUUGGACAGUCGUUUCUUCAAGUUUCUUUUACCUGGAGCUCCGUUUUGGGGUUUGGAGUUGAAAAAUGAAAGGUCUGAAGAAUACCACAAGAAGACAGGAGAGGGACCACGAGUUCAUGGAUAUACCUGCUCGCUCUUCCCUACGGAGGUCAAGGGGGAGCUGCCCUUGCUGGGACUUGUUAUCAUGGCCGCGGCAUGUUGUGUAGGAGUUAUGAUUCCCUCCCCAUGAUUUUGUUUGUUCUUGGUUGCUAUGCCGGCAACUCAUACCCACAAGUACGAGACGCCUUUGAAGCGAACAAGACGUAUGGAGAAAGCCUUGAUAGUCUUGCCCUUUUUUUAUUACAACCUUUUACUAGAGCCCUUUCUCUCAGCUAGGCACAUUUUAGUUUCGAUGUAAUUUCAAUCACAACAUUUUAUGAUACCAGUUUGAGAUUCGAAGGUUUCAAUCCAUUGCAUAACACCUCUGGUUGCUAUUCAAUAUUCCAUGAAAUGUUGCAAGAGUCCCAUUAACCAAAUGUGAACCGGGGAAAACAGCCACCAAACUCCAUGCUCUAGGCCAAACUGACCAAAUUCAUACCCAAAAAGAAAUACAGUGUCCUCUGAGUACAAUAUUGAAAUCACUACAGGUUUGAAGUCAAUCUCAGUCUUUCCGUCUAGGAUAUUACCCCAGACCCCCAGUGCUAUAAGGCGUCCAUGCUGGCUCGUGUUGUCAGUUGCUCGUUUUUAUUUCCAAGUCGCGAAAUCUGCAGGAAGACAUCCGUUCCGUAGCCCUCGAGGCUAUGCAAGUCAAGAUUUCCAGCCCAAUACUCAGCAUAGACACGGCUCAGAGGUAAACCCAUGCCGAGACGCAGGUUGGGCGGCCGACUGGUGAGAGACGAUAAUGAACUUUGAUAAGGCGGUGCUUUCAAAUCUGCACGCCCCAAUUCCUCCUCUACGUGAAGCUCCUGCAUCGUUGCUGCCAUCUUCGGCACCUGCGCAAGAUUCUCGAGACGUCUUUGGCUUUGCGGACCCUUGCUGAAAGACCAGAGAUGUGGCAGUUCAGCACGAGGGAUACCACCACCACGAUCGCAUAUGCGGAUGAUAACAUGUUGCUGGUUCUCGCAGAUGGUUAUCUCCACAGGGGGCGGCUUCACACUGUCAGGGUCCGAAUGGACUCUCUGAUGUCGAUCAAUGACGGCCUGGACAGAGUUGCGGAGGAGCUCGCCAAUGAUGUACUCGAGAUGACUUAGAAUGUAAGGAAAAGAGGCAUCGAGAUGGCCAUCAACUGUGAUUUCGGGAAUCUGGACGUCAGGGCCAUUCGUUGUGCGGGCAAGAAUAGUGAUGGCUUUAGAACAGCGCUCGACAACAUCCUUAGCAUAGCACUUAAUAAACACUUCGCCGAUGAAGUCGGAUUCGGAAAGUUUGGCUCCGGGAGAGAAGUUAGGGGAGUUGUAGGUUUCUGUUAGUGAAAGAUGCUGCUCAGCGAUGACACGUCUAGAAAUGCGCUGUUCUAUGUCAGUGAGUCACCAAAGUCGUGUAAGGAUGGGCACCCUACCGAUCUAAGAAUGGUGUUCAUG